AGCGGAUUGAUUGUAAAAGAAUUUGAAAUUUAUUCAAAUGUUUCCUUCUUCUUAACGUUGUUUUUGAUAGGAAUUGCUUUUUACCGUGUAAAAUAAAAUGUCCUUGUUCAAGAAGAUUGCCUCCUAUGCAGCAGUUGACCUCCACCACUAUUCGGGGAAUCAGACUUCUCAGUACUUUACGGCAGAAAGGUAUGUACAAGCGUCCAAAAAGGGAUCCCUUGGAGAAUUGUGAAUAUGUCUACCAUGGCGAUGGCUUAAGACGCGUUCCGCCGUAUUUUUACGAAUACAUAACUUUUGCAAAACUUCGCUGGUAUGGAAAAACGCUUUUGGAGAUUUUUAACACAGAAUUCCGAGAUCGUGAGCCAGGAUAUUACGAAAAGGCCAUUCGUGGUGGUCAAGUGAAUGUCAAUCAUAAAGUUGGAAACGUGGAUACCAUCAUCAACAACGGCUAUAUAGUCUCCCAUCACGCUCACCGCCAUGAGCCUCCUGUUUCUGAUCAACCAGUUGCUAUUGUUCAUGAAGAUGAAAAAUUUGUUGUAAUAGACAAGCCUGCAGGUGUUCCAGUCCAUCCCACUGGACGUUACAACCACAAUACUGUUCUUCACAUUCUGAUGAAGGAAAAUAAAUGUCCCUUUCUUUACCCUUGCAACCGACUCGACCGCUUGACGUCUGGACUAAUGUUUUUCUCAAAAACCCCAAAGGCAGCUGAAGAGAUGCGUGUUUACAUGAUAAGUAAGUCUUUGAAAAAAGAGUAUAUUGCUAGGGUCGUUGGUGAAUUCCCCGCCGACAAAGAAAUUACUUGUGACGCCCGUCUUCUGACUGUUGCCCCUACCCUUGGACUUAACCGAGUUCAUCCAGACGGUAAAGAAGCUGUCACUGUGUUUCGUAGAAUCGCAUUUGAUGGUAAUACUUCUCUUGUUCAUUGUAAGCCUCUCACCGGAAGAACGCAUCAACUGCGUGUUCAUUUGCAAUACCUGGGUCACCCGAUUGCAAAUGACCCUAUAUACGCAAAUAAACGAGUCUGGGGCUCCUCCCUUGGAAAAAAUGGAGAAGGAGAUAAUGCUUCCGUAAUUAUGCGUCUUUCUGAAAUUGGCAAAACUGAAACUGCUUCUCCUCUACUACAAUAUGAAUGGUAUACCAACGAAACACAAGCAGAAGCAAAAGCUCGUAGAGAUAAACGAAUUGGUGAACUCUUGACAGGUGAGCAUUGUGAAGUAUGUGGUUCGCCCUUGUAUACCGACCCAAGUCCAGAGGAACUUGGGAUUUGGUUGCAUGCUUUACGUUAUGAGAGCGAGGAAUGGUCUUAUAAAACGGAUUAUCCGGCUUGGGCCUUGAAAGUAAAGGAUAAAGACCCAUCUUCCUGUCCUUUACCCUAACUGUUGUUGAACUUGCGCUCUUCAAGAACUCCUGUACAUUAGUAAUUUAGAAUACUUUAGACCAUAUUUUGUAGCAAAUUGACGGCUACCGUCAUGGAUUUUGGAUUUAAAUAGAUAUCAAUAAAUAAAGUAAUAAGUUUAUACAAGUUA